AUGAAGAGGAGUUUCAUAUUGUCAGUCUCCGCCUGUUUCUUUCUGGUCUUGUCUUUCUCCUUUGUUCUCUCACUCUCAAAUCCACCUCUUCUUGGAGUUCAUCCACUCGAUGAAAAGUACUUUGCUCGAGAGGUGAUCAUGUGCAAAGACGACUCCAAGUCGUUCACUAGAGACCGUCUGAAUGAUGAUUUCUGUGACUGUGUUGAUGGAACCGACGAGCCUGGGACUUCUGCUUGUCCUGCAGGCAAAUUUUAUUGUCGGAAUAUUGGAAGUACACCACAGUUCAUAUUUUCUUCUCGAGUCAAUGAUCGUAUUUGUGAUUGCUGCGAUGGAAGCGAUGAGAAUGAUGGUAGUCUUAAUUGUCCAAAUACAUGCAUCAUGGGCGGGACUGUUGAGUACAAAACUGACCACCGCUUCUCUAGAGUUCAGGAUCUAGGGCAUCUUGACACAAAGCAAACCAAAAAUGGAGUCACUCUGGAUGACUUCAUCCAGAAAGUUAAAGGGUUUUUGAAGGUAAUAAUAAUCGUACAAUUAGUUAUUGCUUCCGUUUUUGUGGUUUGCCGGAUAUUCCAUCGUUGUGCCAGAUCAAAACGAAGACGUCAUCGUUAAGAAAAGUCGUAUACCAAAAUGUCAGCAAAAUACUCAUGAAUUCCUUGAUAUGUGUAUGGAUUUCAAGAACAUGAGGUGAUGGAGGAUUCUGGAUCCACAAAGUUUGGUGGAUUUAAACCGGUCAGCUGCUAUAGCAAGAAUUCACAAACAUGGAUGUAUCAUGUAUCUAUCCAGCAGAUCGCAAUAACUAUCAGGAAAGUGUUGUAAUAAUCUGCAGCUUAGUACAUAUAUUGCUCUGGGCCGUCGGGGUUGGUCAGAAUGCACAGAAGCUGCACUUUUUAGUUUAGUUGCAACACAGUAGAGUAGAUUUGAGCCGAGUAGACUACAACAUGUCAGAAAAGAAAACAGCAACUAUUUUUGGACAGUCAAAAUAUUAUGUGGCCUUUUAAGUUAUCAAAUUCCUUCUUCGUAUUUUCUUUAGGCUAUCACCAUUAGCGUAAACGCAUGCAUCACAUGAAAAGGAAUCCUAGCACUAGCAGUGCCGAGGCGCACCCUUCCCUGGGGGGCGAGGAUGUUUCCGGAUUCUGGUGUGUCACAGGAUAUGGUGUUUUUGAAUGCAGACAAGCUGUAAACCUUGCAAGUUUGAAG